AUGGCGACCACCACCACCACAGCCAGGACAACCCUAUCCACCACCCAGCCCAGCCAGCCACGCGUGUUAUCGGUCGGAAAGUCCUCAUCGCACAGUAAUUCCAAAUCUCCCGUCCCAUCAAUCAUCCUCGUCCCCGGUCUAGGCGUGCAGGGCGACUGCCACUCGGGAAGAAGCGUGCAACACCAAGCCCUCCGCCAGAGCAACCCAGACGCACCCAACCUCCGCCAGGUGCACCUUAUCCCAGUCGAGAGUCUGCAACAGGUCUCAGCCAAAAUAGGCGGGAAGGCACUGUCACCCGGGGAAAUCGGCGAGAACAUAACAACCGAGGGGAUCGACCUCGCGACGCUAUCGCGUGGGACUGAGAUCCAUUUCGUUGGACCGGGGGAUGCGACGAAUAACGCGGUUAUUGUGUUGACGGGCCUGCGUGACCCUGGUCCGGGGAUUGAUAAGGUUCGACCUGGUCUGAAGAAUCAUUUUGUUAGGCGGUUGGCUGGUGUUAUGGCGACGGUGAAGCAGGGGGGUUCGAUUAGGCCGGGCAUGCGUAUUGACGUUGUGAGGCCAGCGCGUGCUGAUCCUCUGGUUGUUGUCUGA